AUAAAAUUCUGCUUUGAUUUAUCGGGCUUUUUUCAAAAAUAAUAAUUUAAAUAUUAAAUAUGAUUCACGAGCUGCUGUUGGCGCUCAGCGGAUACCCCGGAACCAUCUUCACAUGGAACAAGCGGACAGGUUUACAGGUGUCCCAGGACCUUCCCUUCCUUCACCCCAGUGAGACCAGUGUCCUGAACCGGCUGUGCAAACUGGGCUCAGAUUACAUUCGCUUCACUGAGUUCAUAGAGCAGCACACUGGCCACGUUCAUCAACAAGAACAUCACACCAACCAGCCGAACCAGACGGGUCUUCAUGGAAUCCACCUGCGAGCGUUUUGCACCGGACUGGACUCUAUGCUGCAGCCGUACCGACAGGCGCUGUUGGACCUCGAACAGGAAUUCCUGGGAGACCCACAUCUGACAAUAUCACAUGUGAAUUACAAACUCGAUCAGUUUCAGUUGCUGUUUCCCUCCGUUAUCAUGGUGGUGGAAACUAUAAAGUCACAGAAGAUUCAUGGCUGUCAGAUCCUGGAGACGGUGUACAAGCACAGCUGCGGGGGGCUUCCUCCGGUGCGCAUGGCUUUAGAAAAGAUUCUGGCCGUGUGUCACGGUGUGAUGUACAAGCAGCUCGCCGCCUGGAUGCUGCACGGGCUGCUGCUGGACCAAAGCGAGGAGUUUUUCAUCAAGCAGGGCCCUAGCGCGGGAGGCGCCGCCGCCAACCAGGACGAGGAGGAGGAGGACCUGGGACUGGGCGGUCUGAGUGGAAAACAGCUGAGAGAGCUGCAGGACCUGCGGCUGAUCGAGGAGGAGAACAUGCUGGCGCCGUCUCUGCAGCAGUUCUCUCUGCGAACGGAGAUGCUGCCGUCUUACAUCCCCAUCCGGGUGGCAGAGAAGAUCCUGUUUGUGGGCGAGUCUGUUCAGAUGUUUGAAAACCACAACCACAACCCGUCCAGAGCCGGCUCCAUAUUGAAACACCAGGAGGACGCGUUUGCUGCCGAGCUGCACAGACUCAAACAGCAGCCUCAGUUCAGCCUGGUGGACUUUGAGAAUGUGAUCGACGGGAUCCGGAGCACGGUGGCCGAGCAUCUGUGGACGCUGAUGGUGGAGGAGGCGGAUCUGCUGGAGCAGCUGAAGAUCGUUAAGGACUUCUACCUGUUGGGCCGCGGGGAGCUCUACCAGGUUUUCAUCGACCUCGCCCAGCAGAUGCUGAAGGCGCCGCCAACAGCCGUCACUGAGCACGACGUUAACGUUGCCUUCCAGCAGGCGGCGCACAAGGUUCUCCUGGACGACGACAACCUGCUGCCUCUGCUGCACCUCACUGUGGACUACCAGGGGAAAGAGGCCAAAGAGGCGUCGGCUCCCAGAGACGGAGCCACUCCUCCUCAGGACUCGUCUCCUCGGGAGGCUCCGCCCACUGGCUGGGCGGCCCUCGGCCUGGCCUACAAGGUCCAGUGGCCGCUGCACAUCCUCUUCACUCCCGCCGUCCUGGAGAAGUACAACGUGGUGUUCAGGUACCUGCUCAGCGUGCGGCGGGUCCAGUCGCAGCUGCAGCACUGCUGGGCUCUGCAGAUGCAGAGGAAGCACCUGAAGUCCAGCCAAUCAGACGCAGUGAAGUGGAGGCUCCGCAACCACAUGGUGUUCCUCAUCGACAACCUGCAGUACUACCUACAGGUGGACGUCCUGGAGUCUCAGUUCACUCAGCUGCUGCAGCAGAUCAACUCCACCAGAGACUUUGAGAGCAUCCGGCUGGCCCACGAUCAUUUCCUCAGCAACCUGCUGGCUCAGUCCUUCAUCCUGCUCAAGCCGGUUUUCCACUGUCUGAGUGAGAUCCUGGAGUUGUGUCAGAGCUUCUGCUCUCUGGUGGGGCAGAGCGUGGCGCCGCUGGACGACCGCGGAGCGGCUCAGCAGCUGGACCUGCUGGUGAAGGGCUUCCGGCGCCAGUCGUCCCUGCUCUUCAAAAUCCUCUCCAGCGUGAGAAACCAUCAGAUCAACUCGGACCUGGCGCAGCUGCUGCUGCGUCUGGACUACAACAAGUACUACACCCAGGCCGGCGGCACGCUGGGCGGGGUUUAAGAGGAGCAGGAAGACGAUCAAAUAACCAGAAGAUUUACCUCGAUCUCAAACUCCUCCAGACUCGUCGCUUCAGGCUCCGUUUGGACUUUUCACACGAUUAAAGCAGCAGUUGAGGCUCAUUUCUCACAUAAAAAAUAUUUAAGGAAGAAUUUAAUUUAUAUUUUACUGGGAAUGUUGCACAUAAGGCUGGGCUUAAGGUUCAUUAAGACAAGAACAGAUAAGUCAUAGUGAAGAACUUCUAUCUGAAAACUGUAAUAAAAUUUGAAAAAAAAAAAAGAUUGGCUGAUCUAUGAAUCGAUCAGUUGCAGCAUUGCAACUUAUUAGAUGCCCACAUGUUGCUUGAAAUAAAAUUUAUUCAACUUUCAAUGUUAAUAUUUAAACAUAUGUUCAAUUUCAUAAAGAAUCAUUUUUAAUCUAACUUAUUUAAUGCCUUUACAUUCUUUUUCUUUUCAUAAAGUAUAAAUAUUUAUACUUCAUCUUGAAGAUGUUUUGUGGCUCUUGAUGCCUGCAGUGAUGUGAGGAUUUAGCGUCUCCAUCCAGGUGUUAAAGGUUUGAGAUCCAAAAUGUUUAGUGAAAAUGUUUUCUUUUCUAGACAAAAGACAAGGAAUCUUUUUCAGUGCUAAUAACGGAUCAUUUGUGAGAAAAAAAAACAAAACUGAAAUUUCUCAGUUUGAAAUAGUUUUAGAAUAUUUCUGAUUAGUCUCAAAAUGAGUCUUUUCUAGCACAUUUUUGACUUCAAAUUAAAACAUUUCCAAGUUUUUUUAAAAAUAAAAGUUAGGAGAUUAUUCAAUAUUGUUGAAUUUUUCAGCUGGGAAGUUUACUUUUUAUUUCCUCAAAAAAGAAAUGCAAAAUAAGUGCUGUUUUUUUUUAAUUAGCCAGUUUUUGACUUUCCAAGGUAAAACAUUUCUGAGAUUUAGCUCAACAUUUGAGUUUUUUCCAGAAAAAAAACAACUUUCCAAGCUCAGAAAUUUCCAAACAUUUUCUAGAAAAUUUCAGAGAAAAAAUCUCAACAGCUGAGUUUAGGGAAAUUUCCUCUCUUCCUAAACAUUUUGGGCCAUUUAUAUGUGAUCAGCUUCCAUCCAGACUCCAAAAUGAGUUUAUGUAAUUAAAUACCAACAUGAGAGUCUCUUUUGUGCAGACAUCCUGUCCAGCGCGUGACUGAUUUAUCUUGUGUAUUAAAUGUAAAUAUAUCAUGUAAAAAUAAACCCAGGCAAGUUAAAAU